AUGAUAAAUGAUUUAGAAAUAAACUUGUAACCCCUUUCUCCUUUAGAAUUUCAAACUAAUCAGCAUCAGAUUAUAUCUGAUCAAUAAUUAGAAUAUGAAAAUGGUUCUAAAAAAUGUAGAAUUAGUUCCUAAUGUUUAAUUAUUAAAAAGUACUAUUUUUAGAAUAAUUUUAGAAAAAUUCGUCAUAGGAAAUCCAGACCAUCUAUUCUUCAUAUAGAAGAAGUAGUUAGGAAUGUGAAGUAAUACAAUAAUUGUUCUAGUCAACACAAUUUGGAGAAUCUAGAAAUUAUUUAAAAUAAAGCUUUUGUGAAAUCAAGUUGA